AUGGGGCCACAGCCGCCAUCUCCGCCAUCUCCUGCCAGCAGCGCUCUAAAAACUAUUGCCAAAUACAAACAACGUUCUUUCGACACCUCACUCAACUCCCAUAUUCCCCUCCUCGAGUCCGCAAAGAACCCCUCCUCUCCUGACGUUGUUCUCAUAGGAGACUCCAUGAUCGAACGGAUGCUCACCACCGCCAACUGCGGCCCAAACCUCGUCUCGCCUUGGCCAUCACAAACCAUGCUUCCAAAGGAUAACAGCAAGCAGUUUCAAGCAGGCCGAGUUCUCAACUUGGGAGUGGGAGGUGACAAGAUACAGAAUGUGGCCUACCGCCUGGUUGGUGACCCAAAACAACGUCUCAAAAGUGUUGCAGACAUGUUGGCCGCGCGGAGAAGUGUAAAGCUGUGGGUUUUACAGGUUGGGACUAAUAACAUGAGCCCCAAGAAAGGGCUGGGAGAUGGAGAUGGAGAUGCUCUAAGGGCCUUGGUAGAGGCCCUGCUGGACAUAGGAGCAGAGGGUUGUAAGGUGUUAGUGACGGGAUUGUUCUUGCGAAAGGAUAUACCCUGGGAGAAGAUCAAACAGGCGAAUGAAAAGAUUCAUCAAGUGGUAGAGAAUUUUGCGAGUGGCCACCCAGCACAAGUGUUGUGGCUUCCUGCGACAGAGGAGGUCAAGGAGGAACACUUGGUAGACCACGUGCAUUUGAGCGAGGCUGGAUACAAAAUAUGGAUUGGGAGGUUACUGGCUGACGAGACUAUGAGGAUAUGA